UUCUGUUAAGACACUGUGUGGGAUGUCUCGCAUUUUCAGAAAAUCAUCAAAACCUACUGCCUUACCCAGCCUCUGCACCCACCCACUAGGGCCGCAACCUCAACUGUUCUCCGCGGGCAACCAUGGAUUCCUCCCACUCUCUGCAGAUCACACAGGACAAAGACGACUUGGAGGACAGCAAGUGCGCCUUCUUGAUGGUCUCUCUCUGUCCUUGUCUCGUCUGCUUCAGUAUUCUCUUCAUUGUCGCCACUAUCGUCCUCACUGUGAAGUUCCGCCUCUUCUGCCACACCCCUCUUCACUAUGUCUUCCACACCCACAAGUGCUAGCCCCAAACUCUACUUCGUCGCUUUUGGGUUCACCCCAAUUUCUGGGUUUUUUUUCCAGGGGUUUUUCUAGGGCUUUGGGCGGUGACCAACAUUCUGAUCCUGAGCCCGAUGGUGAUGUUGGUGACAAUGGUGUGGGUGAUUAUGAUGGUGCUUUGGUUAAUUCUGGUGCAGAUACCGAAGAGAAAUCUAGGGGUUUUUCUAGAGUUUCGCAGGGCGAAACAGAUUCUGAUCCUGAAACUGAUGGCGAUGAGAAUGUUGGGGGUGAUUUUGAUGAGGUGAAUGUUAAUUCGGGCGCAGAUCCUGAAGAGGUAAGUAGGGUAUGCAGGGUGAUCGAUGAAUUGUUUGCGUUGGAUAGGAAUAUGGAGGCGGUUUUAGAUGAAUGUAACGUAGAUUUAUCACAUGCUUUGGUUGUGGGUGUGUUGGAAAGGUUUAAGCAUGCUAGGAAGCCAGCAUUUCGGUUUUUCUGUUGGGCGGGGCAGAAGGCGGGGUUCACCCACAAUUCGAGGACGUAUAACGCGAUGAUGAGUGUGCUUGGAAGGACUAGGCAGUUUGAAAGUAUGAUGGGGAUGCUGGGGGAAAUGGGUGAGAAAGGUCUUCUUACAAUGGAGACGUUCUCAAUUGCAAUUAAAGCUUUUGCUGCAGCAAAAGAGCGAAAGAAAGCAGUUGGAGUCUUUGAGUUGAUGAAGAGAUACAACUUUGAUGCAGGGGUCGAUACUAUUAAUUGCUUGCUUGAUAAUCUUGGAAGGGCGAAGCUUGGAAAGGAAGCUCAAGCUUUAUUUGAGAAGUUGGAAGAUAGGUUUACUCCAAAUUUAAGGACUUACACAGUUUUGCUGAAUGGUUGGUGUAGGAUAAAGAAUUUAGUGGAGGCGGGGAGGACAUGGAAUGAGAUGAUUGACAAGGGUUUUAAACCUGACAUUAUUGCGCAUCAUACUAUGCUUGAGGGGUUGUUGAAGUGUAAGAAGAAGUCUGAUGCAAUUAAGCUGUUUGAGGUUAUGAAGGCAAAGGGCCCAUCACCCAAUGUUAGAACCUAUACUAUUUUGAUUAGGGAUUUGUGCAAACAAAUGAAGAUGAAAGAAGCUGUUGAAUAUUUUGAUGAGAUGGUUGAUUCAGGGUGCCAACCAGAUGCUGCAGUUUACACUUGUUUGAUUACGGGGUUUGGCAACCAGAAGAAGAUGGACAAGGUGUAUGCUCUGUUGAAGGAGAUGAAAGAAAAGGGCUGCCCUGCUGAUGGACGAACCUAUAAUGCACUGAUUAAGUUGAUGACCAAUCGCCAAAUGCCAGAUGACGCAGUUCGGAUCUAUAAGAAGAUGAUUCAGAAUGGUAUUCAACCGACAUUGCACACUUACAACAUGAUGAUGAAAUCCUAUUUCUAUACGAGAAAUUAUGAGAUGGGUUGUGCAGUUUGGGAGGAGAUGGGUCGGAAAGGGUGUUGUCCAGAUGAUAAUUCCUAUAUUGUUUUCAUAGGUGGGUUGAUAAGGCAUGGAAGAUCUGAAGAGGCUUGUAGAUAUCUAGAGGAAAUGAUAGAGAAAGGAAUGAAAGCUCCUCAACUUGACUACAACAAGUUUGCAGCUGAUUUCUCUAGAGCUGGAAAACCUGACAUACUUGAGGAGUUGGCUCGAAAGAUGAAGUUUGAAGGUAAGUUUGAAGUAUCCAAUGUCUUUGCAAGGUGGGCAGAGAUGAUGAAAAAAAGGGUUAAGAGAAGAGAUCCUGUUAAAUCUGAUAGGCACUGGGUGUGAGUUACUUGAGACUAAUGCUGCUCUGUUCUUGAAAUGGCAUGGAACCAUUGGCUGACUUUCUGAACUGCAUGAAGUUGCUGGUAAAAGUUGGCACAAAAAUAACUGGCAGAACCACAGUGGUGUUCUUGUUGUAUAGUAUUUUUCCAGUUGAAACCUGCUUUCCUAGUGUUUCUGAUCUUUACCUGUUGUUAUUUGUUCUCAAGAUGUACCAAUUAAUUUCUUUUCCCUGAAAUCAGUUCACUAGUGUUUGGUAGAUUUUAUGAAAUGAUGAGAUUCAUUGAUGAAAAUGUGGGCCAUCAGCAUAA